AACAACUUCUCCCAGCUGUUGGUUGUGGUUAGAAUUUAACUUAUAAAGUUAUAACAAUAGUAGAAGAUUCUGCGUUAUUUUUCACUAUUCCUCUGAUUUUUACAUUAUAAUGUAUAGUGUGUAGGAGAAAUAAUGUAUAGCAGAGGAAAAAAACUUGUUGAACUUGUAAAAACGAAAAUAGCUAAAGAGAAUACCUCCAGUUUAAAUGCAGGUAAGUGCUAAUUAAAUUUAGUGUGGUACUCCAUUUAUGUCUGUAACUGCAGUAAAAUCUUUUGCAUUAUUACUUUUGUCUUUUAUUUUAUUUCAGAUGUGAUUGAAAAUGUGAAAGACAUACCUGUUGUAACAAACGACCGAAUUGAGGUUAGGGACGAUAUAGAUGAGAAAGGAACUGUGAAUAUCGCGGAAUACUGGUCAGAAAGAAAAACAAACGAGGACGAUCAUGUCUUUGUUCAAGAUACUAGGAACACAAUUUCGAAUGGUAUGGAUGAAGAAAUUUCUAAUGUGACUGAAGAACAACUCGUUAAUGUUGAUGGCACACAGCUACCAAACACCUCAUCAUACAAUUGGGAACUUGAUGAAGUUUUAUUUGAAGUUGUUGUUGAGGACACAGGCCUUGCAAGUAAGUUACAUAGUAUGAGUUGGCAUGUAAGCGUAGAUGUAAAACUAUUAUUAUAUUGUAGUCUUUGGCUUUAUUGUGUGGUUAUACUUACGUCAUUAUUUUUAUGUGUAGGUAAUAAUGAAGAUGGAAGUUUGACAGUGCUCCAACCAAUGGUUAUUGAAGACAUUGCAGAUGCAAAUAACAGAAAUAAAGAAAAUGAACCACAUUAUGAACAGAGUGAAUUUUCCUAUGAUGUUGUUGAUGAGGACAGAGGCCUUGAAAAUACGCGGAACACAUGGGCAGGUAAGAGAGUUGAUACAAAACUAAUCAUUCUUUUAAAAGUCAUUGGCAUUAUUGUGUGCUUGUAGCUAAAAUAAUUGUUUUACUUAUAGGUAAUAAUGGAGAUGGAAGUUUGACAGUGCUCCAUCCAAUGGUUACUGAAGACAUUGCAGAAGUAAAUAUUGAUAAUGGAGAAAUUGAUCCAGAUUAUGAACCGAUAGAAGAGAAAAGCUCAAGUGAAGAUGAUGUUUCCGUUAAUGUUCCUCGCCAGAGGAAGGCUGGUCUCGGAGAAAAAGAAGACAAUACACAAACAAUUGAAGCUGAAGUGAAAAAAUGUAGGUUUUCAAGAGCAAGAAAAAGAGAAAAGUGUGUAAACCGUAACAGAGGGGUGUCAUACACAACUUUAAGCGGUAAAGUUGUCAAAGCUAGAGUAAUGAAACCUCUUAGAGACUGUCGAGCAGAAUGUAGAAAGAGACUUCCUGAAGACAUAAGAGAAAGUAUUUUUAAAGAAUAUUGGUCUCUUGGUAGUAGAGACAGGAGAGUAGCAUAUGUUGCCAGCCUUGUUGAUACUAUGGAAACCAAAACAUCAAGAAAAAGAGCUUACAAUCCUGAUAAAGAGAAAUUUAGAAUGGUUACACAUACGUUUCAUUUUAAGAUAAAUGGGAAAAGAGAAAAAGUUUGUAGGGGAUGUUUUAUGAACACAUUAGAUGAGACACAAAUGUUUGUAACUCUUGCAAUCACCAACAGAAGUACCUCUACAUCUGGUAUCACACAGCAGGACAACAGGGGAAAAACAUCACCUGGUAAUGCAAUUUCUGAUGAACGACUGGAUGAGGUUCGAAGGCAUAUACAAUCAUUCCCUUCUUACGAAUCUCAUUACACGCGAAGAACAAACAACAAGAAGUAUCUUCCUUCUUUUCUGGAUUUGAAUACUAUGUUCUCAUUUUACAAAGAAUCAACUUCUAAUCCUGUGGGGCGUACUGUAUAUACUAGGGAGUUUAAGUCCUUGGGACUAGCCUUUAAAGCACCAAAAGUAGACACUUGUCAUAGGUGUGACACAUUACAAAUGAAAGUGAAGCUAGCGAGUGGUGCAGAAGAAGAAGAUAUAAAACAGGAAAUAUCUGUGCAUCAUGCAGAAGCUGAUAAAGCAUACCUACAGAAAGAUCUCGACAAGAAAACUGCUAAAGAUGAUCCUAGCAAAAGGUGUUUUACGUUCGACUUACAACAAUGUUUGCCCACACCUUUUGUUCAGUCGUCUGUGUCUUUUUACAAAAGACAGCUCUGGACGUAUAAUUUAACUAUGCACGAAACUAGUAAACCAUCUGUUCGUUGUUAUAUGUGGCAUGAAGGCGAAGGUGCUCGUGGAGCAAAUCAAGUUGCCACAUGUGUAUUGAGAGAGCUUUCUGAGUUACCUGAAGAUGUAACGCACAUUAUUUUAUAUUCAGAUAAAUGUGGCGGCCAGAACCGCAGGGAAGCCAGUGGCCGGACGGACUGGGAGGUUUGA